UAUAGCCUCUCUUUAUACAUUUUUUUUGCAUGGCCUAACCAUUUUUUAACUAAAAAAAUAAACCAAAAAUCUCCACUUAUUUUCUUAUCAAAAUUGACCAAUAUGGGAGUAGAAACUGAGGUGAAUAGCGGAGAAAAUAGUACUAACUGGAUACCAAUCAUGAAGAAAUUACACAUGAGUGUUCUUGGAGAGAAGAUGAAAAAGUUUCCAAAAUUAACAUGUAGGACAAUUUGGAGGGUUGGGAAAGAAGAUCCAAGAAGGGUUAUUCACUCAAUCAAAGUUGGAUUAUCAUUGACAUUGGUUUCAUUGUUAUAUUUGAUGGAACCAUUGUUCAAAGGAUUUGGAAGUAAUGCUAUUUGGGCCGUCAUGACUGUGGUGGUUGUUCUUGAAUUCACGGCAGGGGCAACAUUGUGCAAAGGAUUAAAUAGAGGAUUGGGAACACUGUUAGCAGGAUCACUGGCAUUCUUGAUUGAAUAUGUUGCCACAAAAACUGGCCUCAUAUUUCGAGGUAUAUUCAUUGGAGCUGCACUAUUUUUUAUUGGUGCUGCAGCGACAUACAUGAGAUUUGUCCCUUACAUAAAGAGAAACUACGACUAUGGUGUAGUCAUAUUCCUCUUGACGUUCAAUUUGAUUACGGUAUCGAGCUAUCGUGUUGAUAACGUGUUAAAAAUCGCGCACGAGCGGCUUUAUACCAUAGCUAUUGGUUGUGGUAUAUGUCUCCUCAUGAGCCUAUUGAUAUUUCCAAAUUGGUCAGGAGAAGACCUCCAUAAUUUCACUGCUGCUAAGUUUGAAGGCUUAGCAAAGUCCAUUGAAGCUUGUGUUAAUGAGUACUUUAGUGAUGAGGAACAGCAAAAAGCAAGAGAAAAUUCUUCAGAUUUGGAGGAUCCUAUUUACAAUGGUUACAAGACUGUUCUGGAUUCCAAAUCAUUUGAUGAGACCUUGGCAUUAUAUGCAAGUUGGGAGCCAAGGCAUUCGAGACACUGUUACAGGUUCCCAUGGCAGCAGUAUGUUAAAUUGGGAAAUGUUCUUCGCCAUUUUGGAUACACAAUUGUAGCUCUUCAUGGAUGUCUUCAAACUGAAAUUCAGACUCCUCGAUCGGUUAGAGCAAUGUUCAAAGAUCCAUGCCUAAGACUAGCUGGAGAAGUCACAAAAGCUCUAAAAGAAUUAGGAGAUAGCAUAAGAUAUCGUAGACACUGUUCACCAGAAAUACUAUCUGAUCACCUUCAUGAAGCCUUACAAGACCUCAACAAUGCCAUAAAAUCCCAACCAAAACUCUUCAUUGGGUCCAAAAACAACACCAACAAGCUAACCCUAGCGACCGUCGUUUCUAAAGGACAGCCCGGUGCACAGAACUCCCAUAGGGGUUCCUUAUCGAGUGUGAAGACUGACACGUCCGCGCUACUUGAGUGGAAAUCCAAAUUAAUGGGUAGGGAAAAUUCAAAAGAGAAUUAUGAGAGGAAAUCAUUGAGGCCUACAUUGAGCAAGAUUAAUAUAACAAGUCUUGAAUUUUCAGAGGCAUUGCCAUUUGCUGCAUUUGCUUCUUUGCUAGUGGAAAUUGUGGCAAGGCUUGAUCUUGUUAUUGAAGAAGUUGAAGAAUUGGGAAGAAUUUCUCAUUUCAAAGAGUAUAAUCAAGAUGAUGCUCAUAUUGUGAAUUUUGAUGAGAAGCAUACCAUGGCUUUACAAAAUGAGUUGCCCACUCAUGCAGGAGAUUAAUUGAUAUUAAGAUGGGAUUAAUUGAUAGACAAAAAAGAAAGUAUUGGGAAAAAAAUAUAAUUGAAGUUUCAUGGUUGAUCUAUUGACAAGAGAAAUGUACUAAUUUAGGGACUUGUGUCAUUGAUGACUAUUUUUCCUUAUUUUGGUUGAAAUGAUAUAUUUAACAUUGUAUCUACUUUCGAGAAGAGUAUCAAGAAACACAAAAGAGAGAGAUUAAUUUACUCUUUCUCUUACAAGUAUAAAAAGAUAUUACUCCCUCCAUU